GACGCUAAGUCCUUUGUUUUGAAAUCUACCAUCUCGACGAGUUACCAACACAAUAUUAAAAACUACCAUGACGUCCGUUGUCAUGGAUGGUUCGACUCUUCGCAGUUCAAGCCCUUUAACAACGUUGAUAUGUUUAAACACCUUCCCAAUGGUACUUCAGACGCAUUUUCGCUGCUUCAUGAUUCAAGUUGUCACCAUAGCUCCGUGUGUUGAAGUUGGCUGACAUGAAACGAUUCCAUCGAUUCUCACCGAUGACGUUUUAAUUCCAGGAUAGCGGAGCAUCAAUGGUGUAACAGUGUGUGUGAACACGUGCACUGAUUCUAUUAUAGAUUUUACCGAAACUUUGUAGUUGGUUACUGUAACCUAUCAAUUUUUAAAGAGACAAGGCAGCACAAGUUGCAGAGUUGUUCCAGGAAGUAUUGUUUUAGCAAUUUAGGUUGGAAAGACGACAGUGGAGUUACACUUUAGCAAACCAAACAAUUUUACCAGUCGCUUCCAGUUUACGGCAGGACAACACGUUUAUGUUUGGAUCUCGAAUAAGGAUGGAGAAACCACCAUUCUGGAUUCGUGUUUGCAAAUGUUGCCGGCCGUCACAGACGCAGAUGCGCAGCAUUUCCAUCUCGCUGCCAUACAACUGGUUACACCUAAAGCUUUGCUUUCUCCUCGUACCAUCGGUCAUCAUGUACAUGCUGCUCUUCGCGAGGUUAGAAAUCUGGAGCACAACCAACAAGGGACACGGCGUGGUCCCCCUCAUCAGGAACAAGAGGGGCAACAUCAUCCCGCAUAGACUACAUCAACUCUACAAGGACGAAAACAUUCCCAAGGAUUACCAACGGUUUAUAAAAUCGUGGAUUAAACAUCAUCCAAAAUGGGAAUAUUGGUUCUGGUCGGAUCAGGACGCCCGGCGUCUCAUUAUGGACUACUAUCCGGAACAUCUAGUCAUGUAUGACUCCUAUUCGAACAAUUUAUUGAGAUCGGACGCAGCGCGUUAUUUCAUCCUUUAUCACUACGGGGGAGUCUACGCCGACAUGGAUAUGGAAGCAUUACGACCAAUUGACAAAUACUUAUCCAACUAUACUUGUGUCCUGAGCCAGGAACCAAGUUUUCAAAGUGCCCUUCUCUUCAAUAAAGUUACCAUAGCAAUGAAUGCGUGGAUGGCAUGCGCAAAAUAUCACGAUUUUAUGGAUUAUGUCAUCCGGUCUCUUUCGAAGUUUGCGAAGCCCACGAAACACAUUUCAGAGGCGGUUAAGAUGACUGGUCCUCUGAUGCUACAGGAAUCCCUUGAGAAAUUUAGGAAUAAGACAGGCUGUAACAGGAAUAAUAGCACAUGCUCAGUGACUGUCGCUCCUUCUAAACUGUUCAUGCCAACCUGGGACCAAGGACGCACAGCGGAGUAUAAGAGGUGGUGUAAGAAUAAGAAAAAACUACCAAAAAUAAAGCAAGACGCCUGCAAGGAAUUAGAGGCGUUGAAUUUCAUAAAUGUGAUUUCAUGUGCUGCGUAUGCUAAUCAUAAAUUCAUGCACAUUGGUUAUAAAAAUGGUGGCCACAAAAGCGGCGCUGACUCCAUGUACAUUUCAACCAUCGUCCCGCAAGUAUUUCGCUAUUCAGGCAAGCGGAUGGUACCGAGGAACUGAUCCAAGCAGAACGUAGGCUUUCUUUCAUUAUUCCUCAGUUUUGUAUUGGUUGUUUCUGGUCUAUUGUGUCACUAAGACUGCCUCAGACGUCUAGUAGAUUGAGUAUAGAGCCGUCGGAUUGGGAUACAAGGGUACAUACAACGUAUCCCGCGACGAUGUCACAUCCCUCCGUCUCGUCGGAGGCGCAAACAUCGAAAGUGGUCAUACCCCCUUGGAGAUUCGAAAUAGGUAUGUUCGUCCUUGGUCUUCGGACAACGGUCUCUCAAUGGUCUCACAAGGCAUCCUCACCCCAAGACUUUGGACAGUGGCCAAAUAUAAUGAAGAGCCAUUGUUCUUGGUCUCACGGUCGUAUCGGGAUCGCAUGUAGAACGUGGCAAGCCAUAGCUGACGAUAGUACUGGUUAGGGCUAUUUCACACGAUGACAUCGUAUGACCACAGACUAUGGUGCUGUUGUCCUUAUUAAGUCACGGUCAACACUGUUGUCGUGAUCUGUGUGGAUGGGACAGACGAAUCAGUCUUUCAUCCUUCAGUCCUGUGUCCGGUUUUGUGAUUGUAAUAAAUCAAUUAUAUUCAUAUAAUCUCGCCACGUUCACUCAAACAAUUCUGUAAAAUGAUUGUGACUGAGGAGUUGUCGAUGAGGAGCCUGUUUUUGAGGAGCAUGUCUGAAAGCCAUGGUUGCAACAGGAAAGGACACUUUUUCCAGAGGGAACAUUUAAAACCGCUACACCAGUAUGCAGGAUUAGGUCGAUUGUCAAAUGGCUUCUUUGUUCGGACUUACGAUUCAGUCACGCCACGGUUUUGGUUACCCAAUCUGUUUACACACUUGCCAAUCAAUAGAGGCAACUAUGUACACUCUGUACUUAGAAAGUUCACAAUCAAUACUUUGACAAUGCUGACGGCCAUAGUUUCGAGGUGUAAGCUUACUUGGGCCAAGAGCACUUGUCCCCCCAUUUGCGCAAGACGAGAGUAUGUUCCUAUCAUAUAAGCGGGUCAAGUUGGUUUAGGGUUAUGUUUAUAUAGUGGGUGGGUGGACAGAUCUUCUGCUGUACUCAUAAUCAUCACCCAAAACACCCUUUUUUCUGUUUAUUUUAUCCAUUCCUUUGCACUGCACACCACAUCCAGACCGCCAAACAGCAGUCAGAUUCGUGUCAUAAUAAACUUCUUUGUUCCCAGGACAUUCUAUCCGAGAGUAUUUUAAACAUUUAAACUU